AUGUCAGGAAUCUGGUACACUCUUCUCAGAGGACUCAGUAAAGUGGCUGUCAUUGUUAAUGCAUUUGUGAUCGCAUUCACCUCUGACUUAAUCCCACGCCUGGUCUAUCAGUACAUGUACAGUCCAGACGGGACUCUUCAUGGCUUUGUCAAUCACACCCUUUCAUACUUCAAUGUUAGUCACUUCCAGCCUGGCACAGAGCCCAUGGAGCCAAUGCAUCUGGGAUAUAAAGUGGAGGUUUGCAGAUAUAAGGAUUACAGGGACCCUCCAUGGUCUGCUACGCCAUAUGAGUUCUCAAGAGAAUUCUGGGCCAUUCUGGCGGCCCGAUUAGCUUUCGUCAUUGUCUUUCAGAAUGUGGUAAUGCUGAUGAGUGACUUUGUGGAUUGGCUAAUCCCAGACAUUCCCAAGGACAUUAGCAUUCAGAUACACAAGGAGAGGAACCUCAUUGUCGAGCUGUUCAUGAAACAGGAACGGGGCAAGAAGUACAGGAAUACCAUCGGUGACCCAAGCCCCCAGCCGCUGCGCUCACGUCCCAGCUCACAAGCUUAGUCCAGCACUCUCUCUGAUCCCAGUGCUGCGAGGGAAGCAGUAAUACGGUCCAUUCUAGGGCCUGUUUAUAACUCAGUCCAGCUCUGUGACCUGCUCAAACAGAAUGGAAAGGCUGUAGAAGACUGGCCUGACCUGGAGGACCACUGCUGUAAGGAUCAAUGUUGUUACAAAGAAUGUUACAUGACUGCCACCUCACUGGUAUACCAGAAAAAAGUUACAAGAAAAAGAUUUCUUUUCUUUUGUUUGUUACUGAAUUAAGCAUCUUUUUCUAUCAGCUAUAUGCAACUUCUGCUGGUAGGUGUGUUUGGAAAGAGGGCUGUAGGGUUUGUAUUGUUUUAUCUGUUGACUGAUGAAUAUUGUAUUAAGUUUUGUGAAGCAUCGCUGCUUUCGCAUUUAUAGACAACUAAUGAGCAUUUUAUUUGAAAAUGCAAUGCUUUUAUAUGAAUUUUAACAUGAAAAUGUAAUGUUCAUGUUUUCAAUAUUGAUAGGAUAGGAUUGAACUCUGAACCAACUCGUUUAAAGUGCUUUUUAAAUUAUUUAAUAUUAGACAUUUCAUUCAGAAUAUUUCUGGUCAAGUGAAUUAGCAACUAUCAAUAUCAUACUGUUUCCUCUUUAGGUACUAAGCACAGUUAGUUCUGUUCUAUCAUUGUAAUGAUUGUGUCUGUUUAGCCUUUAGCUGUCUAUAUAUAAAAUAUAGAUUUAAAACACUACAAAUUAAUCAAAGUCACUAUAAUGCUCACUUGGUCUUUUUUUUAGUAUUCUAGAAUUUCUAUUAUAUGCGGUGGAGUGAUUCUGACAGGAUGUCGAUUGAUCUUGGGGAGUUUUGGCAGCAUGCAAGUGCUUGGUUUUUAGGUAGUGCAUCUGAAAAUGCUAUCAAGUUGUGCUGAGAAAGGGUACACUGUAUAUAAACCCAUGACGUUCAAGCUGCCUUAAUAUUCAUGAUAAUGCACUGCAUUUAUUAAUGGGUCAUAUGGACAGAGUUUUGUGUCUGCCUGUCUAAAUGUUCUCUUGUCUUGAUUCGUGAAGUUUCAACCUUUAUAAAAUGGCAAUGAUGAUGGAAGAGAUAUAUAUUGGAAUGUUGCAUGUGUCUUCCAUUUACAGAAAGUAUGUCUAGCGUGAUAAAUAAAAGAGUGGUUUUAAUUGAAAUCAAUAUAAUAUUAAUAUAACAUAUGAAGGCAUACUCUGUUUGGACAUAUGACAUGCUUUUUUCUGAUAAAAUUGAAUUAUUAAACAACGCUCUGUAUUUCCUCACUUUAAAAAAAGGGCCUUGGUUUUACCUUUAUUAUAAAUUGACAAUGUAAACCCAUUUAUAGACUGUUACUUCAUCCCACAUACUGUGUGAGAAAGAAAGAAAGAAACCUUUAAAUGUCUUUUAUGUCAUUGUAGCGUUUCAGUGUCUCAAACUGCUAAUGGGAGGUUAUGACUGUACUUUUGCUUUUGAAUUAUGUUUCGAAAAUAAAUAUG